AUGGCUCAAAUAAGCUCUCUCUUUGCAGAAACUGAGACACUGAGCCAAGUCCUAGGCUUGGUGGAAGCAUUCAAAGCCUUUGAUGCAGAAAAUGGUGGAAAAAUCAAUGAUGCGGAGCUUGGAGAGAUUUUGGGGUCACUUGGGUACAAGACAAGUGAGCAAGAUGUGAGGGCAAUGAGGCAACAAAGAGACACAAACAGAGAUGGGUUUCUGAGCAUAGAGGAGUUCUUGGGCAUGAACACGAAGAACAUGGAAUUUAGGAAGCUUGAAGAUGUCCUCAAGAAUGCUUUUGAAGCCUUGGAUGUUGAUGGGGAUGAGGUUGUGAUUGCUGAGGAGCUUUAUGAGGUUAUGGAGGAUGAUUUUGGUUUGGGGUCAUCUCUUGAAGACUACUAG